AUGGAUUACAACUAGUCUUAGUCUACACACAAUACAAUACAUGAGAUGAGAAAAGGAUAUAUCUGGAAACAAAGGGGAUGACACACUCUCAUGCUGCCGAUGAAGAAGAAUGAAUCAAUUGAGGGCUGCCUGAAUCAUUUUUCAGAAUCAAAUUGAAGGCUGAAUUAUCAAGAAAGCUCUGAAUAAGUAACGAUUGGGGAUUUCUACCAAAACAGAGUUUGUAAGCCUUACUCCGGGUCGAUUAUCAAUGUCGGCAUUCCCAAACCCACCCCAUGAGCCCAAUGCUGCUGAAGUUCUCCGGAAUAUGUUGAGUUUCGGGUUCAGCCUACUAUCCCCCAACGAUCAGCAAGACAAGAUUGAACAAAUCUCCGAAAAACUUGCUGCUGGAGUUGCUGAUGUCGAAAGACUUGAAGGGGAAACAGAGGAAGAUUUGAGAAGGAAACAAUUCGCUGAGCUACUUAAUAAAGCUCCGGUCCAUACACAGGUUGAUUUAUUCAGGGAGUUUACGUACAAAUUCAACGAUGAAAAACGCUUGUGUGAGGCGAUUCUUUUGUUCAGGCAACUGGAUUCCAAUGAGCAACAAGAAACGAUUGAAGAAAUGCUUCGUCAAUUGGUGCAGGAGGAACCCUUUCUGUGUUGUUUUAUAUACAUCCUCAUUCAGAACAAAAAAAAAGAAAGGAAACAUUUGAAACUCAAGAGACUCUCCGAGGAAAGCGAGGAGGAUUUUAGGCUCAGAAGAUUCAUAAAGCUGUGUAGCACAUACAACGGCCUUGUGCUGAACUUCAUAAUUAAUGAACCUAAGAAGUGCGAUCUAGACGCUCUACUUAUUCAGGCAUCAGGUAACGAAGAGAUAAAAGAAACCAAACAGUCCCGCUAUGCUGAAUAUUACUUGGGGCUGUCAAUUAUUUGGUUCAAAGCACGAUGGGCCAGUGAUCCAGAAGGCCUCAUUCAUUUAAUUAUUAGUAAAGUUGGAGAAGGUGAUCAUAUCAUUGAGAAACUCGUCAAUGAGACUGAGGAGGAUUUUCGGCUCAGGAGAUUUACAGAGUCGUUUAAACAACUUCAAUUCAGUUCCCAGGAGGAUGUUGUGAAACAUAUUCAAGAUAUCGUAAUUAAUGAUCUAGGUCUUCCUAUACCUCAAUAUUUAUCAGCUCAUGUGACAAAGGAGCUUGCUCUUGAAUUAAUAAAGUUGAAAAUUCCAAAUCUAAGAGGAUCAGGAGGAGCAGCAGCCACUCAAGGAGGAGGGCAGGGAGCAAUUACACAAGGAGGGCAGGGGACAAGCCAACAGUAGAUGAUUUGCAGCCAAGCACUUAGCAAAGAAGCGGCCUUCAAAUAACACAAUUCAGAAGAUGUGGUCAAUUCAUACAUGGAGAUGGAGCAGCACUACUCUUCUUUAUGAGUUUGCCCUGUCUCGCCAGCUUGUGCGUAGUUUUUCAUGCUGAAUAAAGUCCAAUACAAUCUUAUGUUACUACUUGAAGCUUUCACUUUCUAAAAUAUGUAAUUAUUUUGAUUCUGCCGCCAUAUAUAUAUAUGUAUCCCUUGAACCAUUGAUGGAAGCAAGGAGAUAACAAUAAUUUGCAUUUUGAUUGAGCUCCUGCAGUAAAUCGAAUGUCCAACCAGUCCCCACAUCCUAAGUUUCUGCCUCAAAUCAUCAACUUUCUUUGCCGUACUAGCUAGGAUGAUAGGAUCGGGCAUCGCUUCAUUUUAAAACCCAAUUUUAAAUCAUUCUGAAUAUGUCUUCUUGUGUCUCUUCUGAAUCAUUUUAAAGCUACUAAUAAAGAGUUAGCUUGAUUGUGAGUUCAUUAGUAUACUCUGCCUUGAAUUGAUGAGUGCAAUGAAUCCAACGGUGUUCAAUAUUUUGGUCGGCCACAGCCCUAGUCUGAGCCUCCAAUAAUUCUGUGACUACUGUCACUUUAUUAUUUUCUUUUUUUGAGAGAGACUGUCACUUUAAUGUUUUUUUUUUAAUUGGUAACAACUGUCACUUUAUUUUCAAUAUAAACUAGAUGAAAACGAGUCUACCGAAUUUCCAUGAAAGAGAAGGAAGGAAAAAAGGAUGGUUCCUCGCAGUUGCAGAGAAGACUGACUGAAGGUGAUCAAAUUUUCUUUUUACUAUUUGUAAGAUGCUGACGUUUUAUCUCAACUCUUCUAUAAAUAGUAUAUACGAAUUCUUGAUCUACUCCAUACAUAAAAGUAUUUUUCACUCCUCUUACAAGCUAUAAUUAGACAUCUUAUAAAAUUUAUGUACUUGUGGCAUUUACAGGAGAAAUUAUACACUACUACUGUAGUACCAGCUGGCAUUGCUAAUUGGUACUACGGUCCAAUAAAAUUCGGACAUCUGUACAACUUAUACACAUCAACAAAACCGUCGUUAGCAUCAACGUUAACCAAACAGAGUUUAUCAGACUGGAAAAAAAAAA